CAGCGGCGGAAGGCGGAAGUAUCAAAGUAGCUUUUGGGCUGUGACGUGUUCUCUUCUACUUUAUUUUCAUAAAUUCUCGAAUGCUUUAAUAGUUUAUAUUUCUCACCUUGUGAUUAUUGACACAUAUUUUUGUUUACUUUUUUCGUCCGUGGAGAGUUUACAACCAGAACUGGUUUCUACUUGUAAGGAUUUAGUAGAGCUUUACAGAACGAACAGUAAACAAGAACAAGAAGAGUCCACCCAGGGAGGCUUGGUUCUCUUUUCCGGCCCAGUAGAGGAUCCUCUCCCACCCAGAGGAGCCUCAGAGACCGUUGCAGAAAGACCCCCACUGCAAGAUUGUUUUGCCUAAUUGUCGAUUAGUAAUACAUAAUGAGGUUGAUAUAGAAUUUACAAGACCUACAACAGGUCUUACUGCACUGGAUGGAAGAGGUACCAAGUCCAGAAUGAGAGAAAGCGUCUGUUCCGAAACCCACUGAAGCCUUUCAUGCAUCCAAACUGUGGUUGCAGAGAUGCCAAGAGAAACUACAAGUCAAUUAACGGUUUGAACUAGGAUGGUUUAGCCGGGUAGUGAGAGGGUCCGAGCGGCUGACGCAAUGCCCUCAGCGGGUGGCUCCGGGGCUCCGGAUCUCGGCGUUUGACCCGUGAGACUCCAAUCACCGCUCAGUCACACUACACGUUUCAGCACAAAAUGCUGGAGGGAUUCACACCUCUGCUUCUGUGUGGGAUGCUGCUGUGCAGCCUGUUCUUCCACCUGGUGUCUGAGCAGGGAAGUAGGGUUAAAAAGCCCAACUUCAUUGUCAUACUGGCUGAUGAUAUCGGAUGGGGUGACUUGGACAUCAACAACCCCGACGAGAGAACAAACAAUACACCCAAUCUCAACCUGAUGGCCCAGCAAGGACUCAGAUUUUCAGACUUCCACUCUCCAGCCUCAACCUGCUCCCCAUCCCGUGCUUCCAUCAUGACUGGCCGCUACGGACUCAGAAAUGGGGUUACUCAUAAUUUUGCUGUGGGCUCCGUGGGCGGACUGCCUCUGUCCGAGGUCACCUUGCCACAGCUCCUUCAGAAUGCAGGUUACUACACCGCCAUGAUUGGGAAAUGGCAUCUCGGCCAUAAUGGGCCAUAUGGUCCAACAAAAAGAGGUUUUGACUACUACUUAGGCAUUCCCUACAGUAAUGACAUGGGAUGUACUGACGCACCAGGAUAUGAUCUUCCCCAGUGCCUCCCCUGCGGAUCAUGCGGACUUCAGAUAUUAAGAUCAAUGAGGAGUGGAAACGGGGACUGUUUUUCCAAAGUGGGCCUUCCCUUGAUGGAAAACGACAGCAUCGUGGAGCAGCCCCUGAACCUAUGGACGCUCACGGCACAGUACCAAUCUGCUGCACUCAGGAUUAUGAACGACAUGAGAGAACGAGGCCAGCCUUAUUUUUUAUACAUAGCAUUAGCUCACAUGCAUGUACCUUUGGCGCCACCCCUUUCUCCCGAAACACCCACCACCACCGAUCAUUCCCCAUCCGACCGCCGAGUGUAUGCCGCUAGCCUGAGAGAAAUGGACGACUUCGUGGGGGCGAUCAGGAGCGCUUCACAGACUACGGAUACUCUCAUAUGGUUCACUGGUGACAAUGGUCCUUGGGACCAGAAGUGCCAGUAUGCAGGAAGUACAGGUCCAUUCAAGGGAAAGUGGCAGACAAAAAGAGGUGGGGGCUCAGCUAAGAAGACCACCUGGGAAGGAGGACAUCGGGUCCCAACUGUGGCCUACUGGCCUGGUGUGAUCCCUGCCAACUCCACCAGCUCCGCCCUGCUUAGUGGUAUGGAUAUCUUCCCAACACUUUUAUCCCUGGCAGGGGUGACGCCACCGUCAGACAGGCGUUAUGAUGGGAUUGAUGCCACUGGGGUCCUCCUGCACGGUGAACAGACUGGUCACAAGGUCCUCUUCCACCCAAAUAGUGGUGGUGCAGGGCGUUUUGGUGACUUGCAGGCAGUAAGGGCUGGGACGUACAAAGCUUUCUACAUGACAGGCGCAGCUCAGGCGUGUAGCGCCGACACGGGAACACAGGAGCUCCAUAACCCACCAUUAAUAUUUGAUCUGGAGAACGACGAGGCUGAGGAAACGCCCUUAAAAGUCGGGACUCGCGAAUACCAGGUGUUGGCAGAGAGGGUUUCCCUGUGGAGGGAGGAGUUAUUAUGGGACAUCGCCACCGACCAGUCAGUGUCUGCAGCCGACUACUCCACAAAUGACUCGGCGGUGCCUUGCUGCGACUCGAUGAGGCCUGUUUGCCGUUGCCUCACACAGGGCUGACCUGUGUGAGGCAUAUACAAUGUACAAUGUCCGGGUGGGCGGGUGUGUGGGGUGUGCACACAAAUCAAAGAGAAGCCAAUAGAAGGUCAAAGAGAGGCGGUUGUUUGUCAGAUCAAUGAGGCAAAGAGAAAAUAUUUGUGUAGCAGUUUGUGAGUUGAAGACAAAAACCUCAUUUGCGCCUGACACAAUAAUCAUAUUGUAUAUUUUAUAGCAAUAAUUGUACAAAAAAAAAAAAACUCAGGGAAACCUGUGAAUGAAUUCUGAAACAACUUUAGUGAUUUUUCAUUGUCAGUAUGGUAGUGUAGUGUAAGGUGUACUAACAGCGCCACCUUUUGGCAUAAUUAUUGUAUUACAUGUGUUAUAUACACACUGCACACAGUCAUAAAAACAAAUCUUCAAAAUAUAGUUAUGCAAUGUCAGUUUGCGUUAAUACUUUUCCACCAUAGUAAAAAUAAACACGAUUUAACAUAUUCAGCAUCAGGUCGUAAAUAGUCUCAAGGUAUCGCUGAAAUUUCAAGGACAAGAGAUUCACAUUUAUGCAUUAGCUCCUUCACUCAUCUUCCAUUGGCGACUUAUGUAAGUUGCCUUGACCGCUAACAGAAUGACUCUUAGCUGCACCCUCAAGUCACAGAAAAGUGGAAUAGUCUCAUUCGGAGGUGAUGGCAACUAAAAGUUCAUUUUAAAAAAAAAUGCCCUGACGAUAAAUUUGAACAAGUGAACUCUUUGCAAGGAGCCUUUUGCGUAGAAAUAUAAAAAAAAAAACAAGACAUCUUAUUUUGAGAUUAAAUGUAAUGACCUCCACGGAGGAGAUAUUCACAUGCACGCUUCCUUUGGUUUCUUUUCAGCAGGAUGACACAAAAAGCUACCCUAACGUUCCCCCCUUUGUGCUGUAGGGUGUAGCAUGGGCCUGCUAAUGAAUGAGCAUUGGUAGACAAGCAUGCAUGUCUACUGGAUGACAGUAUGGAGCUUUUUUUUUUUUUUACCUUUUAAUGUGCCUUCUUUACUUUAUAGUCAAUUUGGUCACAACUCCAAGUCUAACGUAUUGUACAUAAUGACAAGAGUAUUAAGGCCACACUUCAAGGACUAACAAUUAUAAGACUAUUGUCGUAAUGUAAUGGGAACCCUAAAAUAUAACUUGAUAGUUCUAUAGUGUAUGUUUAAAUAUUUCUCCUUAAAUAUUACUUUAUUCUCAUAAGAUUAUUAGAUAAUUCUUGCAAUUGUCUCUAUAUUAUUUUUUCCCGGUAGAAUGAGUACUUUACCUGCACAAUAUUAGAACUUUAUUCUCAUGAAAUUAACAAUUAUUUCCCACUGAGCAAUAUCACAACAUUGCUAUCAAAAAAUUAUAGUAUUCUCUCAAUGUUACCACUUUAUUCUUAUCAAAUUAUUUUUGUCUUCUAAAAUUCUUAAAAUUUUCACUUAAAAUGAAACUUAAAUGACUUUGUUUUUGCAAUCUCAGUUAAAUAUUACCACUUCAUAAAAGUUUGUUUUUAGUAAAAUGAUUAUGAUUGUCACAAUAUAGACAUUUUAUUGUCAAAUUUAAUCUAUUUUUAAUAUGACUUUUAAUUUGAUUUCUAUUACAUUUUUACGUGUAAUUUAUUUACGACUUUAUUCUCGGGAAUCUAUGACUUCUUACGUUUCCGUGUGUGGCUCUAAUACUCUAAUACAUAAGCAAAUGUGACAAAAAGGUCCGCCGGUUCUUUUGGGAAUGUUGAUCUGGUCAAUAAGCAGGGCUUGUGUUAUGUUUUGAUUGGUUAUCUCUUACGUGUAAUCAACUCAGUCGCAGGUUAAGUCUACAACACAAGUUACCAUGGCGACGUACCAGGGUGAAAAGCAACAAAAAAAUGCUGCUUCAUAAUGCAGACAAAACUGCGGAUCACUCGUCAUCGUCUUCAUUAAGUUUUCUUAAUGAGUGAACUUUGCACUCUUUGUUAGUGUUAUAGAACUACGCAGAAUCCAGAAAGACCAGGAUGUAACAUUCUGGUAGGAUAUGACCCUCGACCUGUAGGGGUAUGUGUGUGUGGAAGGGGGGGGAAGGGACUUAGCCGUGGAAGGAGGUGGGCGGGGCUUUGACAGUUAAUCUAGUUGCUGACUGGAGGAAAUUCAUUUUCAUCAUCCAGACACACGGGGCCCUCUGCAAACUCAUGCUCUGGGAUGACCUCCCCCUUCUGGGCUCCUCCGUCCUCCGAGUAUCCUGGAGGUUGAAGGCAGGCGGGAGAGAAUAAUUUUGACUAGUAUACCCAGCAUUCAUCCAUUUCUAGGGAAUUCUGGGAAAACUCACCCAAGAGCGUGGUUGAGGUGGGCGGGCUUGAGGGGAGAGCCACAGUGGCAGCGUAUGAUUGGCUGACCGGUUGGUUGGCAACAUCCCCUGAUAUCACCUCUUCCUUCUGUUCCCCUUGCUCCUCGCUGCCAUCAAACAACCUGCAGGAACCAAGACAGAAGACUGUGACAACUUCCUUUCGACCUCCCCUUUAACUACAAACUGUACCAGAUGUAAAGAUACCCGUCCGAUGACGCCACCAGCAGGCGAGGCAGCUUCUGAAUCCUGACGACCAAAAAAAAAAAAAAAACAAAAGUAUAUGCAAACGUACGUACCCAGUAGAAGUAUCUUUGUCUGCCUUACGUAGCCAGGGCGCAAAUGUUCUUCAGGCCAAAUAUGUUGAGCCGCACGGUGGCGAAGGCUCGGUCCUGAUGCAUCAUGUCGGACACCUGAGCCGGCAGGUAGGUGCUGGCGGCUGUGAACAUUUUGCCCACAUACGCAGACCAUGUGGGAGACUCCUCCUCUUGACUAAAAGACAUUUAAUGGAAAGGUGCAUAUGUGGGUUGUUUUAAAUACAAAAGUGAGCCACCAUGUUUAGUGCAGUAUCUUCUUAAGGAAUGACAAAGAAAUGAUAUACUUUAGAGUAGUCAGUGUAUAGCUUGUAUAGCUUGUAUAGCAGUAUACCGUGGUGUCUUAACCAGUCUUCAUUUUGCUUUUCAGCCAUUCAGACGUGGACUUGCUGGUGUGUUUUUUUUUUGCAUCUUUGUCCUGCUACAGAACCCAAGUUGGUCACGGAUGAUCCAUCCAUUUUCUAUGUCGCUUAUCCCGGAAUGGAAGAUGCUUUGACAAUAUGUAAUGUAUAAGUCCACGUUUCGUAAGUACAAUACUGUGUAAUGUAUGCCGAGUGGUUUUAGGAUUUACGUCCAUUUUAAGUUUUCGCCAUUCGCUGGAGGGUCUUGGAACAUAAUAUACUGUACAUUACUGUACUGUACUGGCCUAAGUUACCAGCUAUUUAGACAAUAAUGACAGCAGACAGUAAAUCUAUACUACAAUAUAGGAUGAGAACUGACUAUUCUAAAGUAUAUUCAUAUAUUCAAGGGUCGCGGAAGGUGCUGGAGCCUAUCCCAGCUGUCUUCGGGGCACAGCCAAUCACAGGGCACAUAUAGACAACCAUUCACACUCACAUUCAUACCUAUGGACAAUUUGGAGUGGCUAAUUAACUUAGCAUGUUUUUUGGAAUGUGGGAGGAAACCGGAGUACCCGGAGAAAACCCAGGCAUGCACGGGGAGAACAUGCAAACUCCACAUAGAGAUGGCCGAGGGUGGAAUUGACUUCGGGUCUCCUAGCUGCGAGGUCUACGCGCUAACCACUCGACCGACGUGCACCUCUAAAGUAUAUAACUUUUCUAAAGUAUAUAAGUUUAGUAUUUAAGUUACUUAUAUUGUCCCUUGAGAAGAUACAGUAUAGUAAUAUGAGAUGUACAAUACAAUGUAGUUUAAAAAUAGACCCAUUUAGAUGAAUGGUUUCAUGGAAAAUAUGUAGCAUUAAUUAACAUUUAAAUGUACGCCUACACAAUUGGCGUCGAACCUCAGUUGUGAUUCUGUGUGUGGGGGGGGGUUCUUUACCUGGGGCUGUGUUGCUCCAGUUUGAAGAUAUGAACCGUCUCAGUGUUGCUGGAGGCACACAGGAACUGGGCAUCAGCGCUGAAGGACAGCGAACUAAUACUAACAUAUCUGACACACACAACAAUGAAGACAAAUGAUACGUUAUUCACUUUUAACCACAACAGAAAAGUGUCCAAUCUAUUCAGGUUUCGAUCUAUCCUACGAGGACACCGGAUACAACGUGCGUUUGUAGUAGUGUGUAGGCGUUUUUGAUGUUGUACCUCGUAUGUAAGCUAAAUAAAAGCAGCUUCAAUGUCAGAAAACACCUCUCACUCUGAUGCAGCGCGCUUCUAAACUGCUGCAAAAAGCUCAUGUUUUGGACUUUAGUCGCCCGUGCGGUUACAGGUUGAACAACUGUGAUGGCUAACCUCUUCAUUCCUCGUCGGAAUUCAAACAUCCUCUGCCCUUCAGGAAUGCUGAACACCCUGAUAACUGUGCCCUGUGGAAGGAGGCCAAAUCUGGUGAAACAACUGUCGAGGAAGAAGCUGCAGAACACUGACCUUCUCCGAAGCGCUGGCCAGUUUGGUGCCGGAGGCGUUGAAGGUGAGUGCCGCCAGGGGGCUGGCGUGGGCCUGGAUGAGCGUCACAGUGCUCUAAAACCACAACGACGUCAGCACAAAAUCACUAAUGACUCCAAAUCAGCCGCGAAGACCCUCACCAGGUUGUUUGCGUCAUACACCGUGAUCUCUCCUAUAGUAGCGCUGCCGGGGUACGCCAAGUAGGAGUUACCGUGGUUGACUGACAGGGCACAGAGACCUGUGAAAGUAGGAGAAUCAAACCUUUCAGGUCGGGUUCUGCAUCGGUAUUGAGUAUUGAGGGGCUUCAACCCGUACCUGCAGGGUUGGUAGGGGUGUUGAGCAAGGUCUUGAGUAGCUUCAUAUCUUUGAUGUUGUGGAUGUAAAUGGACUCCUCCAAGCACACCACCAGUCGCUGACAGGGAAGUAUAGGUAAACAAAACACAAAGAAAACAUUGACUAGAAAUAAAUAGCUUAUUCAUACAUUACAGAAAUCCUGUUCUUACCUGUCUGUUGAGUCUGACGGAGAGGAUGUUGUUGGUGUAGCUGUAGUUGCAAAUCUCAGUACCUUUCUUAAAGUGAUAGACGUUCAUUCGCCGCGGCAUGGAUUGGCUCACCACCACCACCAGGCUGCUGGAGAACAGCCGCUCCACAAUGCACACGUCAGGGCAUUCCACUGGGUUGUAAAGGAGAGGAAAAUGGUGGCUAUACAGUACUAUUUUUUAAUAUAUACAAUAUGUGUGAAUAAAGUUUUGUGAUGCUUAAACAGGAAGUGAAUGACGUUGGCCUUUUCUCACCUCCUUCGUGGAUGCAGUCCAGUUUGUCUACAGCAGUGACAGAGAAGAGACGGUAGCCAGUCUUGGUACCCACUGACAGGGAACUAAAACACACACAAAUGUUUACAAUGCAUACAGAGCAGACCACAUGCAUGUAUCCUGUAAGAUGCUAUUAAUUUUGUGUCAUUUAGUUGUGUAAAAGGCCGCAUGGUGUAGAAGUGGUUAGAUUGUUUGAACGAUUGAGGGUUUGAUUCUCUGUUUGGGCAACUGUGUGCGCGUGGGCUCUCUUUUCCGGGUGCUCCAGCUUCCUCCUACAUCCCAAAAGCAUGGUGUGAAUGUUGCUGGGAUAGGUUCCAGCUCAUCCCUGACACAAUAUGGCAGAAAAUUACAGCACCAGUACUGCCUGCGUCUGAAAGGCUUGCAGUGAAAAUAAAACUGUUUAGUUUUAAAUCCACUGCCAGGAAGAUGUUAAUUUAAGGAGGAACACCAGGAAACCUUAAGUAGAAUCAGGUGAACACAACUCUUCAAAGCAGUCAACUAGUUCAAUGUGCAACGGACCCAAGAUGAGCCUGCAUCAAGACUGUUUAGCACGCUUGAACCUUAAAACCAAAUAAAAUGGACACCUCAAAGUCAGGUGCUUCAGGAAGAUUGGGUUCAUGCAAGGCAAGGAAGGCCCUCAGGUUGCUUACGUGGUGUCCUGGUUAAACGAGGCACAAAUAAAGCCUCGGAGCAUCUCAGGGCCGACGUCCACUUCGUCCUGGGAAUCCAUCUGUGCCGCCAGUUUCCUGUCCUCUCGCUGGCCGGCCUCAGAGGCCUUGGGCUCGGGUCGAUCCCAGCCAGGCCCCGCUUCCCCUCCUCCUCCAAACGCCACGCUCACAGUCCUCACUCUGGGAGAGGAACGUCCGGACUGACUGGCCACCGGAUGAUACGCAUAUGCAGAACCGAGCGAACGAUCUUUAAAUAUUCACCGCGGACGAGCGACGAUAACAAUCAUACACAAAGUCGGUUCCGUUUGUCAAAACAACGCCGUUACUGUUAUUAUGGCAUUAACUUCCACUGUUCAUACAGCAAAACAAUAACAGCUGAUGGGAGGAAGCGUCACUCGAAUGGUGAGCUCCGAUUGGCUGAAAGGGCUGACUAACACCCGCCUCUUUGGUAUUUUCAGUGGAAACGAUAUUUAAAGUCAGUCCCUGAUUCGUCGAAUUGGCUGCCACUCUGCUAGGGUUUCGUGGCAAAUCGUUAAUUGGUCACUUAUACGCUCAGUCUUUUCACGAGGAAAUGUUUUGAUGAUUUCAUUGGCUAAAUGGCUCAUCAAUCUGUUUACUCUGGGUUUGAUGCCUGUUCAGUGGUGGCCGUACCUUGUACCGUCACAAGACUUCGUACAAGCACAUUCACUGUGUUGAUUUUGGAUUAUUUUUGUAUUUUCUCUUUGUUUUUCUGUUAUAUGAUAUUCUAUUUUAAACCAUCAUGUCACUGUGUUACCGAGAAGUGAUCAGACAGUACUUGACAUAUUACUCAAGGUUCUCAGUAUGAUGCAAUGUGAUCCUACACCACAGCAAACCUAUUCCACAAUAAUAAACAUUG